AAACCUUUCAUUUUGGUUGUAAGAACUCAAACUCCAACGCGUGGUUUUUUUUUAAGCAUUUGUCAAUCUUUUAUAAUCAAAGUUGGUGUGUCUUCAUUCCUCAACAAGAACUGCUAUGAUCGUCGACCUUGAAUGACCUAAAGAUCCAUCAGCAUCCAUCAAAAUCAAGUCAGGAUUUGUCAAGGAACUUCUAGCUAAUUGAAGAUCUCUCAAACAAGUCAAAUCAUGCAGGGUGUCUCAUUAUUCUACGCAAGCCCGUCUAUCUCUAUUCCCGACGCAGUAUGUUCCACUAUCGCAAUAAAUGAACGCAAUGUUCCAAUAUGACGUAAAGCUCCGAGCCCAGGAACCAGACAAGAUUCAGAAACCGAGCGACACAGAGGAAAGGAAAGAAGGAAAUAGGCUUUCAGACCUUUCAGACGCAUGGAAGCCUCAUUUGGUGGUGAGGAAGGAGGCGAUUGUCAAUACAACCGAGAAGGCGCUUCUGGAUUACGGUUGGAGACGCUUGAGAAUAAUCAUCAUAACAAGCCACCACAAUGCCAACUGAUAUGAGGCUAACUGAAGGCUGUAUUCAAUGGUCGCUUUUGGCCUCCAGCUCUCAUCUUUAUCUCGUGGACGACUUGAAAGGCAGCACUUGUGAAGUGAACUCUUCUUCACUGAUCCAUUCGUGUUGUGGACGUACACGUGAUUCGCCAUGAAUGAGCUGAGGAAUCCAGGAGGACGUGACGAACAAUCGGAUUAGAGCUUGUCCUUAACGUCGCUCUUAUGAUCGUUCCUUCAUUUGACAAGUUCAACUCGUGGAUCAUGGGAAUAUGUUUGGGUCGGCAAAAUACUAUGGCUUAUCAAUCGAAACGAGAUUCCACCGAAGUGCCCUCCUUAUUCGAUGAUGCCAAUGUUUCUUUGACCGGGAUUCAGAAUCAAAGCGAGAUCAAACAUGACCACCCUCCAAAGCAUACCAUUUCAAGACCGUUCUUGGGCAUUCCCAAACCUCGCAACUCAGUCCUUCCUUUACUUCAAGAGUGUCCGGAUAUUUCAAUCACAGACGUGUCCGACGUGGUUCCCUCGCCGGCCUCCGAGAUCAGUGCCGAUGAUCCCAACCCGCUGUCCAUGCGCAUCAAUCGACGUUACAGUGAUUGUUUGCCAAUGUUGACGCAACCAACCGAAAAACAUGACAAAGAUCGGAGCAGCUCGAUUUCGACGCCAGGAAGUCGCGAGGAUGCAACCAAAUUGAGAAGCAUCUUGAAAACUCGAUCGAGCUCGCCCAAUGCUACAAGCAUCCGCGAUAGACGACGAUCUGCCGUAGACUUUUUGGAAAAUGCCAAAGAAAAUACACUGAAUUUUCUCAUUCCUACGAGACAAUUGGAUGCACGGAGACGAAUCCUCAAGCGAUCCUACAAAUGGUGGAACGAUAUUGAAACCGGAUCAAAGAGCAACAAAACUCCUUACCAAUGGCUGCCAAAUCGAUCCAGAAAGGCUGUGCACUUUGAGUUUGACCAAGGUCAAUUCAGUUUUGAAAGGCUGCCUGGUGGGAAAUCUCGACGAAAUUCGGAAGAUGGCGCCAUGACUGCCUACUCCUCCUCAAAUCCAACAUUGCCAAGCUUUCAACUUCGUCGUUGGCAAAAGAUCGGUCGAAUCAUGGGUGUGGCCAUGGGGCUCAAACUGAACUCCCAAGGGCGCCAGUCGACCUCGGACCCAGAAAUUGACACGUCGUUCGAUCGUGACGAGGAAUCCAAAUUUGAGCAUGAUGAGGCAGACACGAUUUCCCUUCCCCUCGAGAUCCAAGGCAACAAAGCGCCUAAUCCAAGAAGAUCCCUGAGUUUAGAAUCGUUAUCGUUAGAAGCCGUACACCAACCCUUGGAUCUUGUUGGAUUUGGGUCGAAAAAUGACAGCUUGUGCGAUUUCGAAGACAGUCUGAUUGAUGAGGAUUUCGAUCUGAACCCCACGAAUCUCAGACUGACUCCCCCUAGCCUGUCUUCAAUGAUCUCUCAUUUCCCAUAAGCCAGGGCAACUUUAAUCUAUGAGUGUGUUCCAAGUGUUUAAGUACCUCUUGACCAUUGUGUUCCAAAUCAGGUUCAGAAAUUCCUACAUACAUGAUUAAGAGUGUCCUUCUUAUAUGUAAAGAAGACUUAGAAUAAAGGUUAUUAAAAAGAAAACACUGAAAGUGGACGAGUUUGU